GAGAAUUUAGAAUAUAUGUGGUAUUGGAAAAACAGAUUUGAUGUUUUCACAGCUUUUGGGUUUUGUACAUUGCUCUUGUCAGUUAGGGUUAGCGCCCGGCGCGGUGUUGUGACGUCAUCAGCAAGGGCCCCACAAGUAAACGCAAGAAGGAGCGUCAUCAAGCGGAAGCCGCCACCUCGUUGGUCAGUCGUGAAGGUUUUAAACAUGGAUUUGCUGUGUGCUCCGCUGGGCUUGGGUGUCGUGGCAGGACUGGGCUGCGGGCUCCUCCUGGGUUGGCACCUCCGGGGACGCUCGGUCCCCACAUCCAAGAGCCUGAUGGCGGCGGUGGUUAACGGCACCGGUGAGGCGAGCGUGAUGGGAGAAGGGGGCGAGUUCAAGAUGAUCCUGGUGGUCCGCAACGACCUGAAGAUGGGCAAAGGGAAGGUCGCCGCCCAGUGCUCCCACGCCGCCGUGUCCGCGUUCAAGCAGGUGCAGCGCAGGAACCCCGAGCUCCUCAAGCAGUGGGAGUACUGCGGUCAGCCCAAGGUGGUGGUGAAGGCGCCCGAUGAGAAUGCCCUGAUCGAUCUGCUGGCGCAUGCCAAAGAAGUAGGGCUUCCCGUCAGCCUGAUCCAGGAUGCAGGAAGGACACAAAUCGCACCGGGGUCGCGCACUGUGCUGGGUAUCGGUCCAGGCCCGGCUGAUCUGAUUGAUAACGUCACCGGAGACUUGAAGCUCUACUAGAGUUCCCGCUUGCAGCUGUUGGACUUCCAUACAAUGUCUCUGUUGACAAAACAAUUUGCAACGUGAUCUAAGUUGAGCUACAAUGAGUUUAUAUUUUUCUAUGAGAACAAUGGACUCAGUUACAUGUCAACUACUUGUAGUUGUUAUCAAACAUGUUGUUUUAGAAGGCACUUGAGUCUUGGGUAUCAGUCUGGUUUUCUUUACUGAUAUUCCUUUGGCAGUGGCAUAAUCCCAGUACAGUCGUCAUGCUGCAGUCCUCCCCCCGACCAGGAAACAAAUUAAAAAUAAAUUCCAUCAA